AUGCUGUGGUUCGGUGGAAAUCCGAGUCCGUCUGACUAUCCAAAUGCGGCUAUUCCUAAUUUCAACAUGCACGCUUUUGUGAUAUUCUCGGUAUUUCUAAUUCCUUUUAUUGCCUACCUUCUAAUAUUACCAGGAGUGAGGCGGAAAAGAGUAAUAACCACAGUCACAUAUGUUCUCAUGCUAGUCGUGGGCGCUUCUUUAAUAGCGUCUCUGAUUCUUCCGUGUUGGGCGUCGGGUUCUCAAAUGAUCUACACUCAGUUUCGUGGCCACUCAAAUGAGAGGAUAUUGGCCAAAAUUGGUGUUGAGAUCGGGUUGCAAAAAGUGAAUGUUACAUUGAAAUUCGAACGAUUACUUUCUUCAAAUGAUGUUCUUCCCGGAAGUGACAUGACUGAAUUGUACUACAAUGAAGGAUUUGAUAUUUCUGGAAUCUCAUCAAUGGCAGAAGCACUACACCACGGUUUGGAAAACGGUCUACCGUAUCCAAUGCUCAGUGUUCUCGAAUAUUUCUCUUUGAAUCAAGAUGCUUUUGAUUGGGGAAGACAUUAUCGAGUUGCUGGACAUUACACACAUGCAGCCGUUUGGUUUGCAUUCGCUUGUUGGUGUCUUUCAGUGGUUUUACUAUUUCUGUUACCACAUAAUGCUUAUAAGUCAAUUCUGGCCACUGGAAUCUCGUGUCUCAUUGCUUGUCUUGUCUAUUUACUACUGUCUCCAUGCGAACUUCGGAUAGCUUUCACUGGUGAAAACUUCGAAAGAGUCGACCUAACAGCCACCUUCUCUUUCUGUUUUUAUCUCAUUUUCUCAAUGGGAAUUCUCUGUGUUCUUUGUGGUCUUGGACUCGGUAUCUGUGAACACUGGCGUAUUUACACACUGUCAACGUUCUUGGAUGCCAGUCUUGAUGAGCAUGUUGGUCCGAAAUGGAAGAAACUUCCAACUGGAGGACCUGGUCUGCAGGGAGUUCAAAUUGGAACUUUUGGAACAAAUACAACGAACAGCAGUCGCGAUAAAAGCGAUUUGAACAGUGAUAAGACAACGGGGUCAAGCGGAUUCCAAUCACGAACGAGUACAUGUCAAUCAAGUGCAAGCUCCGCUUCAUUGAGGAGUCAAACAUCUAUCGAAACAGUUCACGACGAAGCAGAACUCGAACGGACACACGUCCACUUUUUACAGGAUCCGUGUUCUUCUUCUUCUACAUAA